AUGGGGAAGAAAGCCACAUUUGAGCGAGCCCAUCAGCGGCAGGUGCGCCACACAAGGGAGCAGCGACAGCGAAAGUCAGCUGCUGUUAAGGCGAUGCGGCGUGGCGAGGAUGACUCUGGGCGUCUUAUUCAAUAUACGACCACGUGCAGAAGCCUCGUAACGGAUGAAAAGAAGGCUAUGCUUGUGGAGCAGUUUGCUCAAGCAUGCCGACUACCUGCCGCAUGUGAAGAUCUGUGCAUGCUGCUGCGUCAAGUAGCUGGAGAGUACAAACAAGCUGAGGCCACUCGCAAGCGCCUGCGGGAUGACAACGCCGUGAGCAAGGCAACUUUUGAAAGCAUAAUCGAUGCUUUUCUCCAGCUUGAACACCAAGCUGCCACUACGACAGAUGAAGACGAUGAGGAAGAACCAUUAACUCUUCUAGAGGAGGUUAUUCAGGAUGAAUGUGGGAGCCGUGUGGUGUGUGCCUUGAUAGCCGCUGUGGAUGCUUCUGCGAGCGAUGAGAAAAAGGCUUUGGUGCUUGAUGCUCUGAUUAAACUGUUCGAGGAGAAUGAAACUCUCUAUGAGCAUUAUGUUGCCUGUAAAGUAAUGAGUGCGUUGGUGCUGCAUGGUGAUCAUGCAAUUCAAGAACGGGUCCUGCAGGUUUUGAAGUACCACUCUGGAACAGUUGAACAACUGCAGUUACAGCUUCGAAAUCGUCAUUCAGCUGUUACGAUACAUCACCUCAUCGAGCAACUCCCUAUUGAAAGCAUUGCGUGGUUAAGCGACACGCUGUGUGCCACCGAUUGUAUUGGUGGAAAAAAGAAAAACAAAACUAAAAUGGUAUGUGAUGAUGAGGACAACCUUCAAGAGACAUUGAUUUCACUGAUUCUCGACCCCGUUGCAUCUCCAGUCAUGAGGGCGCUCUUCCUUCGCUCUGCCAAUCGUGCUGCAUUUCUGAGAAAGAUUGAAAUUACAACACUCCUCACGACCAAGCGAGGUUGUAAGUUCUUGCAGGAAACGUUAUCCCCUGAGCUACCGAAUUGGGCCCCUGAGGAAGCGAUGGCUACACUGGACGUGGUUAUGGCUGCUUGUGAGGCAAAUCUUGUCGAGAUGUGCACCUCUUCUGAUGCUAAUUUUGUUGUACAGGCUGUUAUUGGUCUUAUUCCACUUACAGGGGAUCCAACAGCUGUUGCAGUGCGUUUUAAAGGAAUUUUGAAUGUGAUAGGACCGCAUUUUUCUACCUUGUCGACGCAUUACAUUGGGGUGCAUGUGGUGGUGGCACUCGUCGGGGCAACGCUCUCGCUGUCCACGAAGGCUUUAGCCGAAGAAAUAGCAUCUAUGCUUGUCACGCGAAACAAUGUGGCCGAUAUAGUGCGCGAUCCUCAUGGCAGUCUGAUUGUGCGGAAGCUCUUGCCAUUGUGUGCUGUAAAAGACUCCAAGGUGGGGCAACUGCUUGCCAGUACCAUUGAAAAGGACAUGACAUCUUUGAUGUAUGACGCCAUUGGGAAUUUGACGGUGCAAGAAUACAUCAAGGUACGAGGCGCAGAAAAUCUUGCUCGCAGUUUGAUGAAGAGUGGUGAAGAGCUGGCAAGUAUGUGUCAGCAUGCAUAUGCCUCCCAUGUUGUUGGGUGUAUUUUUGAUAAUGUGGGAGCGUCGACACACUCAAGCCUCUGCAAUGCGUUGCGACCUCAUGUUGUUGUGUUGUCAAGGCAUGUGAAUGGACGGUUCGUUGUUGAGAAGGCGCUUGGUGCCAACCGCGACAUUUGUGAUCUCCUUCUCCGUCAUUUUACGGCGCUUGCAUGCGAAAAGGGAACACAGCAUGUUUUGUGCGCAUUGGUGUCGAAUUUGGAUCAGCGUGGCAAGCAGAAGGUGGUGGAUUUGAUCAUAUCUGGACUUACAGAGCUGUCCACCCAACAAUGUAGCUCGAUUGUUUUGCAAAAGCUCAUGCAGGCAGAUGAAGUGGUGCUGCAAGCAGUACAGAAGGAGCUGACGCAGAAGCCAAGGUUGCGAAACAAUCUUGCUCAAAACUUCUUUGGUAAGUUUGUUGUGCAAAUAACUGAUGCAGUGGGGAAUUGA